UCCUCUCGCUCAGACCUGUCUAAGUUCAAGUCUCACUGUUAUCUCGUCUGAGUCGUCCUCGCCGCCUUUCGCUCUCGAGUCUCGCCUUCGUCUUUUUACUAUCUGCUCUGUUUGAAGUCCGGAUCUGGCUAUCUGCUUUUGCUCUCAGUCUCUCGAUUCUUCCUCCCUCUUCUGCUCUGUUCUGCUCUCAGCCUCUCGCUCUCGAUUCUUCUAAUAGUCAGCUCGAUAGCCUUGACUCCGGACCUUUCUCCCUUCCUCGCACUCAGGUUCAAAAUAGACAAGGUAGGGAAGAUGGAGUUUGAUAAUGAUAGUAUCUUGGGGUUUGAUAGUGAUGAAAGCUGGAAGGACGAUGGAAAAAAUAUUCCCGACAUGGUUUAGGUAGGAGGAUCACCUCCAUACCAAGUAUGCAACAAGUUGGGUAAAGGAGGGUUCGGUCAUGUUUUUGUUGGCGUCCCUGUGACUGGUGGCAAGGAAGAAACGUUGGGUCCUGGUGCCAUCGAGGUGGCUCUAAAAUUUGAGCAUAAAAAGAGUGAAGGUUGUCGGAUUGAAGCUCGUGAACCUUAUGAGUGGCAAGUGUAUAACAUCCUUGGUGGUUGUCAUGGAAUUCCUCAAGUCCAUCAUAGAGGGGGAGUGGGAGAUUAUUUUGUAAUGGUCAUGGACAAGCUUGGACCUAACUUGAAGGAUUUUUUGAAUUCCUCAACUCAUGGGAUAUCUGCGGAAAUGAUUGCAAGUAUAGGUGUUCAGUCAUUAUCAACCUUGGAGGAAAUUCACUCUAGAGGUUAUUUACAUGGAGAUAUAAAACCAGAGAACCUUUUGCUUGGGAAGCCAAAUUCUCCAGAUGAGAAGAAAUUAUUUAUUGUUGACUUUGGAUUAGCAAUCAAGUGGAGAGACUCCAACGGGAAGCAUGUUGAAUAUGAGCAAUUCCCUAAUAUGUUUAGAGGGACUAUGGGAUAUGCUAGUGUUCACGCACACCUGGGAAGAACUCCUAGCAGAAGGGAUGAUCUUGAAUCUCUUGCAUAUACACUCAUAUUUCUUUAUCAAGGUCAAUUACCAUGGCAAGAAUUUCAAGAUAUUGAUAUUGACAAAUCCUUCAUUGUUUGUCAAGAAAAGCUGAAAACACCUCCCCUUCUAGCAUCCUCUCUCGCUCCUGUCUAUAAAUUUCUUUGGAGUGUUGUGAACUUGAAAUUUGAUGAAGAACCUAAUUAUUCCAAGCUAAGGUCGUUGUUUGAUGAGAUAAUGGGACCUAUUCCUGCAUUAGGACCAAUUAACACUGAAGGUGCACGAAAGGUUGGACAAAAACAAAGUAGAUUGAAUUUUGGGGGACAUGAUACGCGACCAGUGAAGAUAAAGACAACUCGGUCAGGUCUUCCUGCUACACAAUGGAUUUCAAUUUUUAAUGCAGGAAAACCAACGAAACAGAGGUUUCAUUAUCCCGUGUCUAAUGAGAUGUUAGCACAACAUGUGGAGAAAGCGAUUAUAGAUGGCUUCCAUAUCAGCUGUGUAGCCUCCCAUUCUAAUCUUUGGGCACUUAUUAUGGAUACUAGAAUUGGUUUUACGAGUCAAGUUUACAAACUUUCACCUUUCUUCUUACCCGAGCAAUGGAGCAGGGAGCAAUGGGAAAAGGGUUUUUGCAUUACCUCUAUUGCUGGAGCUGAGGAUGGGAGCUCUAUUGUAGUCAUGUCAAAAGGUGCAGGGUAUGGUCCACAGUUAUACAAAGUUUCUAAACAUUUUCCCUUCGAGUUGAUAGAGACUAUGUCAGCUCAACAUUCUGGAUUUUAUGAUCAGGUGAUUGAAUAUGAUUUCCACUAUCCAAGUGACGGCUUCCAUAUUCAGUGGGACAAAGGUUAUUUGAUAACGUCAGUAGCAGCAACAAAAGAUGAAAUUGCUUUGGUAUUUAGCAUGCCCAAGGAGACUCGUUAUGGGGAGGUUACUUCACAGGAAUCUUUGCAAACGUCUGAGUUUCCCCGCAAACAUAUCAAGGAAAAUUUGGAAAGAAAUAUGUACAUUGCAUGUUUGAGUUAUGGUCGCACAGUUCGCUAGUUUCCUUCGAAUGUCAAAGCAUUAUUUCCCCAAGGGGAUAAGAUGAUAUAGAGAACUACCAUAGAGGUUGGGGAUGCACCAAAGCUUAUAUAAACAGAGCUCAAGGGGGCCUUCAUUCCUCACCGAAUCAUAACUCUCAACAAUGCUAGCAAGUCAACUCUGGAAGAAGUUCUAUCGAGCCUAGUAUCUAUUUUAUGAAGCUUAAUUUUUCAUUCACAUGGCAUGUUUGUUUGUUUGUUUGUUUGUUUUUUAUUUGUAUGAAAACAUAUAAAAAAAUUGUUUAAUUUCAUAUAAAAAAUUUAAAAUAUAAUCCAAUAUGAAGCACCUAAACAAUAAUUAAUCUGAAAAUUUAGAAUUAGUAAAGUCUCUAGCAUUUCAUUAUGAUGUUUCAUGUGUUUUUGCUUUCAGUUUCUCAACUUUCUAAAUUUGUGUAGCUGUUGGGUUGACUUCUGUUGUGAUGUUUGGUUUAGUUAGACAUCAUGUAUUUCUUUUUUUAUUCUUAGAACGAAUCCCAUAAGUGUAAUGGUUGGGUUACCUUCAGUUGUGAUGUCUGAUUUAUUCUGACAUGCUGUAUUCUCAUAAUGAAUCUAAUAAAAUCUUGAUUUUUCGUA